AUGCCGCGGUCCGCUGAGUGGUACGCUUUGCUGGAGAGCGGGACCUCACGCCUUCACUUCAAGCUCGUCAAAGAGCUCGAGGAGGCCAGUACGUCUCGUCAUCACGAUACUAUCAUCCUCGCGACGGUGACUCCCAUCGGCAAACAACUUGCUUCGCGCUCCUUCUCCAGCGAUGUCGGCAAGCUCGCAUCCGCACUGCUUACCCUGCUCCACUGCGUCCAACACUAUCCCUGCUCAGCUGCAUCCGUCUCAGAUGGCCCAGCAACCAUCGAUAUCAGUUUCGCUCUUCUGCCGACACUGCAGCUCCUCAGUCUCGCCACAAGUUGGAAGCAGCUUCUGGUAGCGUACCAGCUUCUACCAUUCCUCCUGCCGCGUAACGAGGAAUGGCAAUCUCGAGAUGAGAAAGGGUCGCCUCCUUUGCCCAACGCCACCACAUCCCGACGUGCUUCGACAACGGAAGACGACUCGUCGGCUCUGCUUCUUCUCAACACCUUCCGAAUCAAUCUCUCCGCCGCUUCAGAUCAAGCGCAGCAGGUCGCACCAUCCCAGCAUUCUGAUCGCAGUACUCGAACAAAGCGUGGGGAAAGCACGUCGACAGAUGACUUUGAUUGGGUCGGCUUCAAAGCUUUGCUAUCUCUCAAGUCGCUCAUCACCGGCACCCCACAGGGGCCUGCUGUGCUGUCGUCUCUUGCUUCCACGCUGGUCGCUCUUACUCGACAUCCAGACUCCUCAUUACGGUGCAUGACGCUCAAUGCGAUGCUCUCAUGUGCAAAGGUCCCCCCAGGAGAGUCUGUCGACCUUGAAAGCCGAUCAGAGAUGCUCGAGGCGGCCUUGACUAUCGUACAUCUCACUCUCGCGUCGACGUAUGCCUUCUCAGCUGGCGCCGACACGGAAGAGCAACAUGGAAUGAUUAUGGCCGAAAUGGAAAGGCGCGCCGACUCCAAUCCUAACGUGCUUCGAGCCUGCAUCAGGAUCGUCCACCAUUGCCGUGCCGUCGGCCUGAUCACAGACGCCGAGGCGGCAAAUCAUGCUCUCGAAGCACUUCAAGCGGCUGGAUGGGCGCCUAUGCACCUCGAUAUACCCCUUAUUGAACAGCAGAACCUCGCCUCAACGGUUGCGGAUCGCACUAGGGGAAUUCGUGCGCGUACAGCCGCGCGGCAAAGGUCCUCUCUGCAGACUGAACACGAUUAUUAUGGCUCGUACGCUCCCUGGCUGGUGGAUGCUUGUCUCUCGCUUUGCACCUCUUCCAUAGAGAGCAUGUCCAAGCAAACGUCUUCAAUGCUCCGUCCUACGGCAAGAACAAAACUGCUCAGGACCGUGCUUCUCAUCUAUCACACGGCCUCUCAAGGAAGGGCUGCAGCGCUGGCUCUGUGCGUUUCCGCUGCGCGAUGUAUUGGCGCUCUCCACGUUACGGCCUUCGACAAGUCACGUCCAGAGACAUCCGCCUCUUCCGCUUCUGCCGGCGAUUACGACGCAGAAGUGGAAGCGCUGUGGGCGAUGCUGUCAGCGCACGUGAAGUCUCAACUGCACAGCAGCAAUCCAAACAGGAAGACGGCUGCGAUCCGUCUUUUGGACGCACUGCUCCCUGUUGGUUGGGCUCGCGCCAACAGCGUGACGGACGCUGGCCAAAUCGAGGCGAGAUCGCCGCUGAACAUCGAAGAGGCAGACAUGGGUCAAUUGAUGACACUCCUCGCUGAUUCGGACGCCUCGAUCCGGAAGAGAGCAUUGGCAUUGCUGCAUCGGGUCGACUCGAACCUCAUCGGUCUCCUGCGUUCACAGCUGCAGGCCGCUGUGGACUACGCAAUGUCUGUCAAGACGAAUUCGGCAGCCGGUCUGACUUCCGACAAGACCGAUGGUGCGCUCAUCGCUACAGCACAACGUCUUGUCGAGGUCGCUCUCUUUGCUGUGGCCUCCCAGAUCGACGCAGCUUCAAGCCAAGAACAAGUACCAAACGAUGCCUUGGCAGAUCUGGAAGUGGCUCUGACCAGCGGAGUGGCGCUGGACCUAUUUGGCAAUUUCACGGACAGCGCAUCCAGCGAACGACACGGCUGGCUAUCGUCUGACGCAACCAGAGCUCUGUUGGAAUUGCAAGUGAACGAGCGAACAGAAGACAGCACGAGCAUCUCGAGCUCGUCCUCGGACACAUCGCUUCUUGCCGCAGCCACGCAAUUCUUCUCUCCUUCUUCCAGAGCAUCAUCAAGGCCAGACCCGGCUGUCGACAGGCUCACAGCUCUUGGCCCCCGCUCGCAGCUGCCUGACUCGAUUCUGCGAUCUUCGCAUCUGCUUUCUCCAGACAACAACACUGAUACCCUGCGCUCGACCAGGCACAACUCAAGCGGCAACCGACGCGACAUAGCUACGAGAAGGUCCCGUCACGAAAAUCUACAGCAUUCCGCCAUCCCCUCGGAAUCCAAGCGCGUUCGAGAUCGGGGCAUCGCCAAAGCCAUGUCCGACUCCAUAGCAAACCUUGUGCUUGGAGCUGAUGCGAGGACGCAGUCGUCCGACAAUGAAGUCAUCUUCUCGGCCACCUCUUCGGGAAUUCUCGAAGCAGAAGAGCUGGAUGUGGUCCACGAAGUAGCGGAUCCGGAGCGACGUCUCGACUAUGCUGUCGCCAAGGGAGAGACACCCUCGCUCUUGGAUCUCGUUCACCACUGCCACAACCACGACCCAUGGCUCGACACAAGCCUCACGCCCUUCGUUCUGGAUGGCGUUCAGAUCGGUUUCCUUCCCGCCAGAGUCGUCAAGGCCUGCGUCGGUGAUUCCGCCCGUCAGGUUCGCGCCGGCGCUCCACCUGUCCUGCGCAAGGUCCGCUUCGUCAUGACUCACCGCGAGAUCCUGCCUCCCACCACGUCUUCGCGCACUUGCGAAGCGAUCACCUUCACCGCCGGCUUUGCGACACCAGAAGCGAGGACGACUGGUCUCAAUGCGGUGGCGCAGAGGUGGCGCGAAGCUCGCAUCUUCCCCGACCCUCUUGAUGGCUGGCGAGACGAGCUGUACGCCAUCUACGGGCUCAACCCUCGACCUGGCACUCGCAACCCUAUCGCCUUCAAGCUCGAGCGUGCGGCCUGCGCCCUCUUCGGUUUUGCCACCUUCGGCGUCCACCUCACAGCCUACAUAACCGACCCCAACACUGGCGAGCUCAAAGUGUGGGUCCCACAACGCAGCAGCACCAAAUCGACCUGGCCUGGGUACCUCGACAACUCGGUCGCAGGCGGUAUCGUCGCUGGCGAUCUGCAGAUGGAGAGCAUGGUCCGUGAGUGCGAAGAGGAAGCCAAUCUCGACUCUGACCUCGUCGAAAAGCACAUCAAGCAAACGGGCGUCCUCAGCUACUGCUACAAAACCGCCAAACAGGGAUGGAUCCAACCCGAGGUGGAGUACGUCUACGACCUGCCUUUGCCCUCAGACGUCACGCUGCAGCCGAAGGACGGAGAGGUGGAUCAUUUCGAAUUGAUGACAUUGGAAGAGGUGUAUGAGAAGAUGAGAGAGGGGCGGUUCAAGGCCAACUGCGUGCUGGUGAUUCUGGACUUUUUGAUACGACACGGGCAUAUCACGGCGGAUAAAGAGGCGGGGUAUCGGCAGAUCGUUGCGCAGUUGCAUGUGGAUUUGCGGCUGCCAGGACCAUAA